AUGAAGAAGGCAGUCCUAAAAAACAAAAAAGAAAAACAAACUGGCUUCGACGUCAAGUCUUCUGUGCACAACUUGAGCAAAACUCAGCAGACCAAACUCACUGUGGGGAACCUAGGCUUGGGCCUGAUCGUCAUCCAGAACGGGCCCUACCUCCAGAUCACCCAUCUCAUCCGGAAGGGGGCUGCGGCCAGGGAUGGAAAACUCAAGCCAGGUGAUGUUCUGAUUAGUGUUGGCCAUGCUAAUGUGUUAGGAUAUACUCUUCGAGAAUUUUUAAAACUUUUGCAACACAUCACCAUAGGAACAGUACUACAGAUCAAGAUUUACCGAGAUUUUAUUGACAUACCACAAGAGUGGCAAGAAAUCUAUGAUUUAAUCCCUGAGACCAAAUUCCCAGUAACGCGCCCAACAAAGAAAACUGAGGAGUCAAAAGAUGACCUUUUGGCAAGCAGUGAUGACAACGAAGAUGUAGUUUCAGAUAAAAAACUUAAGUAUUAUAAAGACCCAGGGUCCACUGGGCCUCAGUCUGCAAGACCGAUGUCUAUCUCCAGAGAGUGGCAUGGAUAUAAGAAGAAGAACCAUACCAUUAGCGUAGGGAAAGACAUUCAGUGUGACGUGAUGAUUCACAGAGAUCACAAGAAAGAAGUGAGAGCCCCUUCUCCAUACUGGACAAUGGUGAAGCACGACAAGGAGAGCUCCUCCUCCUCCACGGCCUCCUCCACCUCGGAUGCAUUUUGGAUGGAAGACUACGCCCAGGCUGAAAAGAGCAAGGUUCCACCUGUAUCGAAAGCUGCCACCCAGGCUGAAAAGAGCAAGGUUCCACCUGUAUCGAAAGUUGCUUAG